AUGGGAACUUCGAGUGCAAAUGACAUGGACGUGGUCGUGGACGUGGACGUGGACGUGGACAUGGACAUGGACAUGUACGUGGACAUGGACGUAGACGUGGACAUGGACGUGGACGUGGACAUGGACGUGGACAUGGACGUAGACGUGGACCUGGACGUGGACGUGGACGUGGACGUGGACGUGGACGUGGACGUGGUCGUGGACGUGGACGUGGACGUGGACGGGGACAUGGACAUGGACGGGGACGUGGACGUGGACGUGGACGUGGACGUGGACGCGGACGUGGACGCGGACCUGGACGUGGACGUGGACGUGGACGUGGACGUGGACCUGGACGCGGACAUGGACGUGGACAUGGACGUAGACGUGGACGUGGACGUGGACGCGGACGUGGAUGUGGACGUGGUCGUGGACGCGGACGUGGACAUGGACGACUUGGACGUGGACAUGGACGUGGACGUGGACGUGGACAUGGACGUGGACGUGGACAUGGACGUGGACGUGGACGUGGACAUGGACGUGGACAUGGACGUGGACGUGGACGUCGACGUGGACACGGACGUGGACGUGGACGUGGACAUGGAAGUGGACGUGGACGUGGACGUGGAGGUGGACGUGGACGUGGAGGUGGACGUGGACGUGGACGUGGACGUGGACGUGGACGUGGACGUGGUCGUGGACGUGGACGUGGACAUGGACGUGGUCGUGGACGUGGACAUGGACGUGGACGUGGACGUGGACAUGGACGUGGACGUGGACAUGGUCGUGGACGUGGACGUGGACGUGGACGUGGACGUGGACGUGGCGAUGGACGUGGACGUGGACGUGAACGUAGACGUGGACGUGGACAAGGACGUGGACAUGGACGUGGACGUGGACGUGGACGUGGACAUAGACAUGGAGGUGGACGUGACGUGGACGUGGACGUGGACGUGGACGUGGACGUGA